AUGACGCUAUGGCAUAGUCUGACCACUUGUUUGUUUGUGCUGGGAGCCGUGCACGCUGGCCCGGGGCCCCAGGGGGUGGUGGUUUUAGAAGAGGCGAGGCCCCUGGAGAGCCCUCCGCUCCGGAUCCGCCUAUCUGUCACCUCACAGGGCGGGAAUCGGCAGGACAUGGACGACCGAGGAGACGCAUACAUCAUGGGGGCACCUAUCCCGGCCGACUUUGACAAGGUGGAGGAUUUGAUCAAGGUGACCAUCAGCAGAAUACGAGGCUCUCCCACAGAGUCCUCCCGCGCCCGAUCUAUCAGAUCUCGACCCAAAAGGAAGAGAAUGACCGGGUCUAGCUAUAGGAGGAAUCCAGGUGGUAGAGAACGGAAGUCAGGAGGCAGGCGAGCUCCAGGCUGCGCGCUAAAGCAGGUGCAACUUAACGUGACCGACCUGGGUCUGGGCUACAUCUCAGGUGAGGAAAUGAUCUUCAGGUACUGCGCGGGAACCUGCAGGAAGUCAGAGACCAACUAUGACAAGAUCAUCCGUCACCUGGCCCGCGGCCGGAGGCUGCCCGCUAAGGACGUACCCCUGCAGGCCUGCUGUCGCCCGGUGGCGUUCGAUGACAACCUGUCCUUUCUGGACGAUAACUUGGUCUACCAUACGCUCAGGAAGCAUUCGGCCAGGAAGUGUGCUUGUGUCUGA